GUCAUCACGUCACAUCCGCCAGCCUAGAUCAACGCUCAGUCGUGGGUAUAGCAGCUGCUGGAGCCUGGCGCUAGUGUUUACCAUAUUCCUGAGACGAUAAAGGAUCCAGUAGCCAUGGGUUUGGGAGGAUGUUACACCUGCAUCAAGUAUUUGCUUGUUGGAUUCAACGUCCUAUUCUCGGUCGUUGGUCUUGCGCUUCUUGCCAUUGGUAUUUGGUUCAGACUUGACCCGAAUAUAAAUAGUUAUAUGGAGGAUGACAAGAUCGAAAUGGCUUACCUUGGUGCCUACGGCUGCAUCGUCAUCGGCGCCAUCAUCACUAUUGUUGGUUUUUUCGGAUGUUGCGGAGCGCUCAGAGAGAGUCAGUGUCUACUUGUUUCGUUUUUCAUCAGCUUGGCCGUCAUUUUCAUGUCUCUAAUAGGGCUAGCAGUUCGCCUUUUUAUCCUGAAAGACAUGGUAUCUGGCACGGUUAGAAACUUCUUUAAAACAAACCUUGACGCGAGAGUCGCCACGUACAACACGGACAGGGCCUCAAUGGAGUACAUGGAUGCCAUUCAAGAUCAGUUGGAUUGUUGCGGCUCCUCAAUGGGUGCUGUUGAUUACACCGUCAAUUUUCAAGUGCCAUCAAGCUGCAGCUUUAGAAACUACAAUACGCCAUGUCUUGACAAGAUUGUCCCUGAAUCUUACACGACACUAAUUAUCUGCAUCCCAAUAGUAUUUGCGCUGCCUUUGCUUGUGGGAAUGAUGUUUGCCAUGAUGUUGUGCUGUGCUAUCAGAAGAGAGGGGUACUCCCAUUAGUGCUCGGAUUUUCGUUUGAAGAUCUACCUUCUUCAGUACAGAGAACUCAUGGACGUCGUCUUGUUUAAAAUGGCAUUUGUAAUAUAAUAACACUUAAACAUUAUGGUCAUGCAAAUAACGACAUCUUUCUGCAUGCAUAUUUGUGUCUAUUUUCCUUAUUGAGGAUUUAAGACAAUUCAAAAUUGAAAAUUGUUUUCGUCGCCAAAUUGGCCUCUCCAAUCUGUGCGUACCGGAACGUCUCACUGGCCGUGUUGGUAUUCGUCAGCACUCGUCUUUUUCCGUAACAUUCAGCUUGUCUCGGAAUGACACGAGUGGUCACGAAUGGUCUUGAUGGCUUGAAAAUCAUGCAUUUGCAUAAGGUAAUGUCGACAUCUCGGACAGGACAUAAUAUCAUGUUAUGUCAGUAACGAGUGAGAAGCUACACAUUAUACAACAUGAAUAUUUCAGUAUUAUACGACUGGGUUACGACCAAAGCGAAUAGUAGUCAGUAGUCGAUCCCGAUCAGAAAGGCAACCGAAAGCGAUCCGAUAGCGAACCGACAGCCAGCCUAAAGCGAUCCGAUAGCGAACCGACAGCCAGCCUAAAGCGAUCCGAUAGCGAACCGACAGCCAGCCUAAAGCGAUCCGGUAGCGAACAGACAGCCAGCCUAAAGCAAUCCGGUAGCGAACAGACAGCCAGCCUAAAGCGAUCCGAUAGCGAACCGACAGCCAGCCCGAAGCGAUCCGAUAGCGAGCCGACAGCCAACCUAAAGCGAACCGACAGCCAGCCCGAAGCGACCCGACAGCGAACCAACAGCCAGCCUAAAGCGAUCCGGUAGCGAACCAACAGCAAGCCUAAAGCGAUCCGGUAGCGAACCAACAGCCAGCCUAAAGCGAUCCGAUAGCGAGCCGACAGCCAACCUAAAGCGAGCCGACUGCCAGCCUAAAGCGAUCCGAUAGCGAAAUUAAAGCGAACCGAAGUGAACCGAAAGCGGAUCGAUAAGGGCUGAACCCCUAAUAUGUAGUGUCUGUGUGCAAGUCAUUGGGGAGAUAUACUGACCCUGCAAACAUAUUUGGUUAUUGUUUAGCUUACGAAAACAAUCGAGUUUCAACGAGUAAGUGUUGACAAACGUUUAAACCCUCAAGAAUGCUCAAUGUGAAUGUAUAAUACAACGCUUUUGUCGUCAGUUGGACGUAUUUUCUUACUAACAAAGUGAAUGAUUAAAUAAGUAAUUUUGUAUCCGACAAACGUAUUUUUAUUAGUGAGAGAUAAGUGUAUUUGCUACAAUCCUGCAAACCAGUUUGAAAUGAGUGUGCAUUUCACUGUAUGAAUCUGUAUCACAAAUGGGGCACUUUGGAAGGAAUCAAUUUGUUUGUUAUGACGUCACACAAGUAUGACGUGAACCAAGGGUGACGUCAUUCCAUGACAUUUGAAGCCUGUCACUAUCAACAGAUAAGUCCACCCUCGGUUAUCCAGGGUGUUAUAUCUCUGUUUGCUUAUAAUAAAUAUCUUGGUCCCAUUCGCCACCAGAUACGUUCCGGAAGUGACGUCAUCUGACGUAAUUUGACUGUGUGGCUAUUUUAAGCGUCGAAACAAUUCGAAACGGCCUAACUUCGAAACAAUCGAAACAAAUGGGUCCAGGGUAUUUAUGAAAGUAGAAUAUAAAUAAAAUACAUUUAAUGAUCGA